GUCUGACACCGCCCGUUUGUUUCACCUCGCGGAGGUAGAUGCGUUAUUUGCGCAGUUUCUAAUGUUUUAAACGCAUCUCAGAAGUACUAUAACUUCGUCCGUUACUUUAAUUAUCCAGCCUACGACUUCUUUAAGUUGACGAUUUAUUACAACAGGUACGCUCGUCGGGAUAAAGACUGCUUAUUCCGAGCUUGAGAUGACUUCUGGAGGUUUGGGGCUUACUGAGGGCCUAGGUCAAGACAUAAGCCAGGAGGAGUUGGACUUUUCUGAGCUAUUUCUCUAUAAUCAACCUGAAUUUUCUGUUGUUGGCUGUGAUAAAGUGACAGAUGACCCUGCUCUACUUCAUAAUGACAGCCAGCCUCCUCUGUUGGUGGUCAACCAUCAAACUGCAUACAUCUCCGCCUCCAAUCAGCCAACUUCCAACCAGGACACCUCCUCUCACAGCCCCAACACAGAAAACCUGACCGGGGUUGUGUUUGAUACCUUGGGGCUGACAUCAAGAACAGGCAUCCCUGCUCCCAGCCCCAGGAUUGAGAUCACUCCAUCGGGGGACUCUCUCAGCUCACAAACCCUAGAGCCAAGCCCUGGUUCUAAGGCCCGGGGAGCCUACAGGGAGUGUGUUAGUCCUGCCAGCAGUAAUUCCUCCACAGGCUGGGCAGCAGAGGGUUAUUCUCCCUUGCCAUCUCCAUGUGUGUCACCAUCUAAUGUAGGCAGUUGCGGCAUGGGGUUGAGUCCCUCAGACCUCUGUUCAGGCCUGCAGGGCAUCCAUACUACUUCUUCUGCCCAUUCUUCUCCAGGAGCCUCACCUCGAAACAGCAUCACAGAUGAGACCUUUCUCCAGCCACAAGAUCAUACUACCUCACCUCUCCCCCAUCGGCGUUCCCGGUCUGUCUCACCACAGCGAGGGAAGCGUUUCUAUGAUCAGACCCACCCCGGUCAGGAGGGCAUUCCUGUCAAGCAGCGCUCCCGAAGUCCUAGCCCCAUCCCAUCAAUCCACGAGCAGCAGGGGUCCUAUUAUUUGCACCAAUACCAGGCUCAACCUGAGUUUCACCCCCAACUUCAGACCUCAAGCUCAGGCCUGGAGGAGAUUCUGAACAGUCUCGGUUCAGGAAGGGCCAAAAUUCAGGACUGUGUGUAUGGUGAGGGUUAUGACUGGCCUGUUGAGCAAGAGAAGAUGAGUAGGAGCGGAGCUGAGAUCAAACCUGAGACCUUCUACAUGCUCCCAACUGUGUGGCCUCCUUCUCAUCCAGUCCAUCACAGAUCCACAUUCAGUGGUCUCCCCUUGGCUCCACUUCCAUCUUUAGAGUGGUCACUGCCCAGUCAGUCUGGCCAGUAUGAGCUACUGAUCCAACAACAGCCCAGAUCGCAUCACAGAGCUCACUAUGAGACCGAGGGCAGCCGAGGAGCUGUCAAGACACCAAAUGGAGGACAUCCGGAGGUUCAGCUCCGUGGUUACCAAGGCACGUCUCCACUGGGGCUGCAGGUCUUCAUCGGGACGGCCGACGAGAGGCUUCUGAAACCCCACGCCUUUUACCAGGUCCACCGCAUCACCGGGAAGACCGUCACCACACCCAGCAUGGAGAGGUUGAUCAGCGGGACUAAAGUGUUGGAGAUCCCUCUGGAGCCAAAGAACCACAUGAAAGUUGUGAUCGACUGCGUAGGAAUCUUGAAGCUGAGAAAUGCUGACAUCGAACUAAGAAAUGGAGAGACGGAUAUUGGACGAAAAAACACACGAGUGCGCUUGGUCUUUCGCGUCCACAUUCCUCAACCUGGAGGCCACCUCGUGUCUCUUCAAGUGGCAUCCCAUCCUAUUGAAUGCUCCCAGCGUUCAGCUCAGGAGCUCCCUGCAGUCGAGAGGCAGGACCUGGACCAAUGCUCUGUACUUGGUGGUCAACAAAUGGUCCUCACUGGACAAAAUUUCACAUCUGACUCCAAGGUGAUAUUCUCAGAGAAGACACAGGAUGGACAGCAGAUCUGGGAAGUGGAGGCCACUGUGGACAGAGAUAAAACUCAAGCUAACAUGCUGUUUGUUGAAGUCCCUCCAUAUCGAGACCAGAGCAUUUGCCAGCCCGCCAAAGUCAACUUCUAUGUCAUCAACGGGAAGAAGAAACGCAGUCAGCCUCAGCACUUCACCUACAUUCCUGUGAUAGCCAUCAAAGCAGAGCCACUGGAUGACUACCAGCUGAAUUCUUAUGGCUACUCAAAUAAUCAGUCUGGCAUGUCAAUGAAGUCAUUGUACCAUCCCCUGGAUCAGGACAGCAACCUUCAAGCUUUGAAUGUUUCCUCAGCACUGUACCAUCUAACCACUGUAGACCCCCGGGCCCACAUGUUAACCCUGGAUCAACUGGAUGACCAACCAGUCUAUUACCAGUCAAGAGCUAGCAAUCUGGUCAACAAUCCAGUGCUGUACCACACUGGGAACCAGCGUUACAACAACUGCAGCCCCACUCUACUAGGUGGUUCCCCAAUGGCUUCCCAUCCUGCUUCCACUGCCAGCCAGUGUGUCACUGCCAGGACCACUGUGGCCAAACUGGGUGAAGGUCCUCAGAUUGGUGAUUCACUAGAGGCUUAUUCAAUGCCAAGAAAUCAUGGUUUCAUCCAGACAGCACUCCCACUAGGAAAGUCAUCACCUUCAAGAUACACCCAAGGUCAAGCCCAGGCAAAGGCUGGAAGCCGGGUGGACCCAGGUGGGCAGCACCUGACCCAGAUCAGCUCUGUUAGAGGAAACCAUGAGGGACGAGCUCCAGAGAAGAUCAUGAUCAAACAAGAGAACCUCAGUUAUGCCUAUCUGGAGGAUGUGAAUGACAUCAUAAGAAGAGACAUGAAAGGCCACAAUGGAGAGUGAUCGUGUUGCCCUGAAGCCACUCUGAUUUGACAUCAGGAACAAUAACAAUAAAUCUUCACUGAUUGUAAUUUAAGGGAAAUGAUGGAAACUGAUCCAUUAUAUAUUAUUUUUUCUGUACAACUAUGACAGUGUCAGCUGCAUUUUACUAUAAAACAUUUUAGCCUUAGUAACAAUAGUGGAACAUAUGAUAUACAUUACACAGUUUUAUU